AUGGAAGACUGCUCGACACACAUCACAGAACGGAAGGUACUCUUCCAGGGUGGCUGUCCGUGGCCCGGAAACUGGCAAACAACACAUAGUCGCGUCGUCCGUGGCGUAUCCUACUCGCGUCUCGACAGCUACCUGUCCCUCAGUGAAUUCCAUGGCUGGCUGGACCGACGAAGCAUCGACAGCGCCGGCUUUGCCGCCAUCCACACCAUGGGUCAGGACCACAGAUGGGAUCUAUCGCAGUACGAUGCCAUCGAGGUCACCAUGAGCCGGUCAGAUGACAAGGUCUACACGCUUACCCUGGAAGACGAGCGGCCCAUCGCCUGGGAGGGCACCUUUCGGCCUGGAACCUCGGGACGCACAACCUCGCGGGUGAUUCGACUUGGCCGGCUGAAACCGCGAAAGGGGGAUCCCUAUCUGAGACCGCUGAAUCUGGGGGAUAUUCGCGGAUUCGGCAUUUGGAUUGGCAAGUAG